AAUAACUCGCGAACAUUGUUUUUGAACGUAGUAGAUACUGUUUCUACCGUUUUUGCAGUUACUUCGUGUUAAAAUCAAAACAGUGAGUUAGUUUUAUUCGUGCGUCGCGUAGAAAAGGUUGUUGAUAAAUUUGACUUCUCGUUGAUUUAUUCAUGCAUUAAUUUAACGCUAUUAACUUACGGUAUACAGCGUAAUACUUUAAUGCUCGAUGUGGUGACCGCAGCUGGUAUAAUUUUCUCCUCUACUUGAAUUCCUACAAUAUCAUUGAGAAACUAACGGGUUCAAAUGCUUAAUCUUAUGAUAAAUAAUCCAACAGUAGCGAGUGGUACCUUGCAGAUAUGAUUUUCUCAGUUUCCUUGUAUCCAUAGCAUGUUCAUGCUAUAGAGUUAUCAUGAAGUAUAGUGGAGAAACAAACAUAAACGCCUAAGAAAAGCUGAAACAACACAACAAUUGUGAACGAAUGUUUAUGAUUUUAUGCACAUGAGAAACCAUUUUGUGUAACAAAGUACGUGUUGCAGUGCGCCGUCAGUUCGAGUGUUGUUUAGUCGGUGUUAUUAAGGUAGCGGCUUCGAAGCGGAGAUAAAACAAGAAAUAUAAAGGCAGUAGAAAAUUGAAACGAUCUGGUGCCAAGCAGAAAACAAGGCGAAAGUCACCGAACCGACCAUUUUCCAUUCACAUGUUACUGGCCAGCAGUUCGCAGUAAAGAAAAAGUUGAUGUUGACUUAUAUUGUAUUAGAUUCCUUAGUAUGUCAGAACGCCGUGGUACGAAGGCUUUAGAACUAUGGUGUCGGCGGGUCACCGAGGGCUAUAAGGAUGUUUGCGUUACGAACAUGAGCACCUCCUGGCGAAACGGACUUGCAUUUUGUGCGAUUAUUCAUAACUUUCGCCCAGAUUUGAUAGACUUCAGCACAUUGAGCAAAGAAAAUAUAUACGACAAUAAUGAACUAGCAUUUACUAUUGCGGAGAAACAUCUUGGAAUUCCGUCUCUGUUGGAUCCUGUUGAUAUGGUAAAAUAUGAAGUGCCUGACCGAUUUUCAAUACUAACCUAUUUAUCGCAAUAUUAUCGUGUGUUUAGUAAUCAAGAAUCUGCUAACAAUAACAAAAAGACAGUAACUAAGGAACCGAAAUCUGAUGACUUGAUGGCAAACCCCAGUGCUUUCGUCGGUGUCCCAAAACGCGAGCCGUGCCGUAAAUGUGGCAAUCCGGUGUUCUUCGCUGAGAGGAUAAGCUUCGAAAAAAAGCUUUAUCAUAGAUCCUGUCUGAAAUGCGCUCGCUGUGGAACCCAGCUGACACUGGGUAGCUUUUACGAAACAGAAACCGAUGGAGAAUAUUGUUGUGAAACGUGCCCAGAUGAAGAAAUACAGUUAGCGGAACGACGUUGCUCGAUAUCUUCGCCUGAAAAACGUAGUAUUGUAGUGGCAACUAGUGAUGACAGCAGCAAUGACAGCGCAAGGCUUACGCGUAGUAGUAGAGUAUUGGAACGGAUAUCAUUUUUUGAAUCAGCACCAUUGAGCGAUGAAGAAAAAACAUCUAAUUUAGUAAGGCGCGCUAGAAUGACCAGUUUUCUGAAGGACUCACUAAAUAAAUCUGACGAACAUAAUAAUAGCGAACUAGAAACUAAUGCUAAAGAGCCACUAAGCGCUUCGGAGAGUGAAGAGGAUUCUAGUGAUGUUGAAGACAAUAGAGAUUUGCCUGCGCUUGCACCUAUUGAGCCUCCAUAUUUACAAGAUUCUGUCCCAGCGGGGAAAAUUUUACCUCUGUUAGAAGUAUUGCCAGAAUUAAAUGGAAGUGAAGGAACUUCUCAUGAUGAAUUCUACGAAAAUAAAGAUCAAUUUGUGCCCCAUUUAGAAAAGGAUAGCGGAGAAUUAAGUGUACUACCACAACUAUCAAUUUGUAAUGGCAGUAUUGUUGACAGUUCAGAAAAUAUUAAAACAGAUGCAGUUGUACAGGAAAAUGGUUGCGAAGAUAAAUUGCAACAGUCUGAAAAAAUAAGUGACGAUCAAUCAUGUAAUCAAGAAUCAACGGAUCAUACCGAAAACGACGUAGUUUUAUUUGAAAGUAUGGAAUCCGAAUCAGCACAAGUAAAUUCUUUUGAAAUAGCAGAAGCAUUAAAUAAGGCUGUUGUUAAUGAUAAUAUCGUAUUAUCAGAAGUGCCUAAUAUAAAGAUAGAAGAAGCCCCAACGCAUGAAAAAUGUACUGAAAACAAUGUCAAUGAAACUGAACAAAUAUCAACCAGCAUAGACAUUGUUCAUGACAAGCCAUUGAAAUCACUUACAACAGCAAACGUAGUAAAUCAAAAUAGCGAUGAAUCUAAAGAAGAAUACCCAUCGGAUUUGAAUCCGUUUUCAGAUGAAUCUGAUGAAGAUCCUUCGCAAAUCAACACAAAACCUGUUCCUUCCGCACGAAGAGUUAGCACAAAUCCGUUCGGCAGCGACGAUGAAGAAGAAUCUCAGCAUCAAAACAUAAAACCACCAAGACCACCGCUACCAAAAAUCAAACCAACAGUGCCUGCCAAUCCCUUUGAUGAUACAAACGAUGAUGAACCAGAGAAAGAGAUUGUGCCUGUAAUUGUAAAGCCUUCGCCCCGAAGAACACCUGUUCCUACGCCUAGAAAACAGCACAAUCAUAACGAUUCGAUUAGUUCGAUGGAAACAUCAUUGCUUUCAAGUCAAUUUGGUGGUUCCACUAUCUCACUUGCUUCCUCUAUGGAUAGUGGGCCUUCGUCAACCACAAUAAGCCGUCGUAAAAAAUCCAAAGCUCCUGACAUACCAAAUGUUGCCAUAACGAAGGUUUCCAAUGAAAAUCUAUCCUCCAUGCAAACAACACCCCGUAAAAAAAGGCCCGCACCUGCUCCGCCAACCAUAUCCUCUACUUCUUUACAAGAAAACUCCAAGCUUUCACCAAAUCCAUCGCAACGAUUAAUAACAAUUGAUGCUAGUUUGUUCACCAAUGAGGGCGAAUCAAAGGAUGUUCCUUCUGUAGUGUCAAGCAGUGAAUCUGUAGUAUAUCGACGUACAAUCGUCCCACUGAAAGUCGAUGACGAUAGUCCAACUCUAGAAGCUACUACCAGUGAACGACAAUGGGAAAAAAUGAAAGAUAAUAAGGAAGCUCAGAACCGAAAUCGGCAGUCUCAGACAUCACCAAUCGGCAGUUUUCAGCAAGAGUCGUUCAAUGGAAUUAUGUCCAAUAAAUCUCAGCAGGGUAAGUGGAAACGUCGAAAAGGACCGGCACCUGCACUUCCAAUGCCAUUACCCGAACGUAAAACUAUCAAAAUGUUGCCAUUGAAGGAGAUUCGGCAAGAGAUGGACAUUAUCGAAACACAACAACAAGGCCUGGAAAAACAAGGUGUUGUGCUUGAGCAGAUGAUUCGAGAACGGUGCGAAGGUAUUGGGCCAGAGAUGGAUAUUACCGGUAUUCAAACAAACUCAAAGGAAGUGGAAGACUUGAUCAUGCAACUAUUCGAAUUGGUGAACGAGAAAAAUGAAUUGUUUAGAAGGCAGGCAGAGCUGAUGUAUUUACGUCGGCAGCAUCGUCUUGAGCAAGAGCAGGCAGAUUUGGAGUAUGAAAUUCGUAUCCUAAUGGCCCAACCAGAACGUAAUAAAACAGAUUCCGACAAAGAGAAAGAAGAAACAUUGAUUGCACGAUUAGUUGAGAUUGUACAAAUGCGUAACGAAGUAAUAGAUUGCCUUGAGAUGGAUCGCUUACGUGAAGCUGAGGAGGAUAUGAGUAUAAAACAAAGUAUUGAGGAAAGAACAGCCAAUCAACAAAAACAUGGAAAAAAAGACUCGGAUACAGAAAAACCCGUCACCGGCGACGUAUCUAUCAAACUUUCCAAAAAGGAAAAGAAAAAAUUAAAGGACGCAAAGAAGCUACUUAAAUUGAAAAAAAUUGAUUCUGAAAAGGAUGCUGAUGAGACCGAAAACAGUAUCAAAGAGAAGAAAAAGAAAAAAAAGUUCUUUGCCGACUUUUUACAUCACAAGUGAUCAAUCGCUGUUGAUAAAAGAUUUUAGUCCAUCCGAUCAUAUACAUAUAGAGAGCACUAUUUAUUAGCAUACGUAUCAUAAAUUACCAGCAGAUCAAAUAGAAUAUAAAUGAACAAGUAAUUGACCAUUGUUUAAUAGAAAAUGAAUUCAGAUCUUGCAGAAGCGAAGCUUCUGCAAAAGCCCAAGCAAGAAAUAACACAUUCCAGUUCAACGUUGAAUUCAGCAAUGAUUCCCAAACGAUCUUAAAAAUAUUUAGUUAACUAGCUGUAUAGUCAUACUUUCCGACGUCACAUCUGUUUCCUUUGAAUAUCGUUAUUAAGUUUUGUUUGUUCUUCGUGAGUAACUCAUUUGUCAUUUCAAAUAGCAUUUAUCUAGAUACAAGUUUUGCGCGCCAACUACAGAUGUAUAAAAUGCCUUUUUCUAGUUUAUUCAAUUUCUAUCAAUUGCUUUUUUAAUGUGUACAACAACGUAAUUUAUAAUAUUUUCUUUGGCGAUAUGUGAAAUAGUUAUCAAUUAUACGAAAUGCUUAUAUAAA